UCGACUUUUGAAACUUCAAACUUCAAAGUCCAUUCGAAUUGAAAACUUGUUGGUUGUGUGUAGUAUUAUUAGUAAAAAAGUUAAAAGUUUAAAUUUAAUUUGGUGAUAUUCAAAACUAAUUAAGUUUUAGUGAUAACUUUUGUAUUUUAUCUUCAUAUUGGGAAGAAGACAUUAAACCAAAAUGGAGGCGCUAUCAAAUAUCCUGCAACCGUAUAAGUCGAUUGUUGGCACAGUGGCCGCAGUCGUGACCAUCGGCCAAAUGUUCUCCGGUUCUUUCCUCUGCUACGACAUAUACAAACAGAGGAGCACUAAGGGCAUCGGUAUCAUGCCCUUCGCUGGUGGUCUGAUUAUCUCGGCGCCUCUGCUUGAUCUGAAAACAAUUAUCAAAAACAAGAGCACUGAGGGCAUGCCCUUCCCGAUUAUCUUCUCCGGCUCCAUCGUGACCUUCAUGUGGCUGCUGUAUGGCAUCAUCUUGAAUAACUCCAUUUUGGUGCUCCAAAACUCAGUGGCUUUCAGCCUUUGUACAGUGCAGUUGGCACUGUUCGUAAUUUACCCUUCCAAGCCGAAAGAAGAGAAGAAAAAGGCGAAAAAAGCAGAUUAAUGUACAAAAGUGAUGUUAAGAAUAAGUUUGUUCAUAGUAAGUAUAUGUUAAUAUGUAUUAUCUAUCAUGACUUCGCUAAAGCUAAGCUAAAGGCUAGAAAUAUUAUUUUUAUUAGAUCUUUUGUUAUCAACCUUUUUGCUUAGCUUUAGUGAUCCGAUAUCAAAAUAGCAUUUUUAUUACCCUAUACGGGUUUUGUAUUAAAUACGAUUUAAUAUAUGUAAAUAAGAUUAUAGGUUCAGUGAUUAAUUGCAAACAGUUCCUAUAUAUUAUUUUAUCAAUAGCUUUUUGAAAUAUAUUUAUGUGUAUAGAAAGAUUUUUUUUAAAUCACAUUUUAUUUUCUAUGUGAUGAGAAUAAAACUUGCCAUUCACGAAAUUAUGAUUGAUCUAACAAACUCUUUCCGUUUGUGGAUCAUCAUCAUAUUUAUAAAAUAUGUAAAUUGAAGAUCAAUGACAUCUGUAUAAAAACUAAAAAACUAAUAUUUGAAGCAAAUAAAGAUCAAAUGUAAUUUGUAUGAUGAGAAUAUUACUUUAAUCGUUAGGAAUAUUAGGCCGAGAUUAUAUUUCAAUAAAAAAUGGUGCUGGCAACAAAUAAAAAAAAAUGGAAUAAUCGAAUGUAAGUUGAAAGGUUUGAAAAUAGAAUGUCGAAUAUGAUUCGAGCAAAUUUGGUUCACACGCACACCACUAGGUUAAAAAAGCUACAUUCCCGUUUCUAACAUUUCCAUGUGGUGAGAUUUUGUAUACUCAAUUAUUAAUAUAUUUCAUGUAAUGACUCUGCUGUGAAAUAACAAUUGUUUUAUUAAAGUUAAA